AUGGACUUUGCUGCUGUUGCUGCUCUUGUCUCUUCUUUGAGAAAAAAGCUGCUGCUUCUUUGCAAAGAAACAAACCGAGAAGUUAAGUUUAAACUUGAGCAAGUUAAAGUGCUGCAGCAGCAGCAGCAGCAGCAGCAGCAGCAGCAAAUGCACGGGCUGCCGCUGCAGCUGCAGCAGCAGCAGCACGAAUCCCCCGAACUCGAGUUGAACGAAAUGUACAUAAAGUCUUUGGAGGCUUUGCUGCAGUCUCUGGACCUCGAAACCCUUUUAAGGCCUUCCCAAACCCUAAACCCUAAUUCCAUUUUGGCCAACUUCGUCUCCAAACACUUCGAAACGCAAACCCUAGACCAGCUAAACCCCCAGCAGCAGCAGCAGCAGCAGCAGCAGCAGCAGCAGCAGCCGCAGCAGCAGCAGCAGCAGAAGAAACCGCCGGGACCCUCUAUGGGCGCAGCCCUUAAAGGGGCCCCUAAGGGGGCCCCCCAGGGGGGCCCCCUUGGGGGCCCCCAGGGGGCCCCCAAGGGGGGCCCCUUAGGAACCCCCAAAAUGGGCUCCCUGGGGGCCCCCAAGGGGGCCCCCUUGGGGGCCCCUAAGGGGGGCCCCUCUCCCUCUUUGGGGGCCCCUAAGGAGGGCCCCUCUUUGGGGGCCCCUAAAGGGGGCCCCCUCUUGGGGGCCCCCAAAGGGGCAGCCUCGGGGCCUCUCCAAAAGCCAGCUUUGGGGGCCCCCAAGGGGGCCCCCUUGGGGCCCCCCUCGGGGGCCCCCAAGGGUGCUGCAGCAGGGGCCCCUAAAGGGGGCCCCCUACCGGGCCCCCCCAGCAGCAAGGGGCCCCCACUAGGGGCCCCCAAAGGAAGUCCCCCGUUGGGGGGCCCCUCGGGGGGCCCCUCAAUAGGGGCCCCCAAGGGGAACUCUCCCUUAGGGGCCCCCAAUUCGGGUCCUUCUUUAGGGGCCCCCAAGGUGGGGGCCCCCUUGGGGGCCCCUAAAGACGGGGCCCCCUUGGGGGCCCCUAAAGAGGGGGCCCCCCAUGAAGAAGCCCCUAUUGCCUAUCAGUGUAGCCCCCAAAAAGGUACCCUUAGUGACCCCCAAGGGGGCCCCCCUGGGGGCCCCCUUGGGGGCCCCCAAGGGGGCCCCCAAGGGGCCCCUGCCGCUUUUGGCUAA